AAAUAAAUAAAUAAAAUUGAAUGGGAAAUAAUAUUUUCUCUUUUAAUUUGUGUAUUAUAUGUAAAUGGGUGAAAGUUAUGCAAGCAGAAUUAGAUUUUCACCCUUUUGUAGAUAUGAGAAGAGGAUGUGGAGGAGGACACUUUUGAAGUGUUCUAUGCAAAAGGUAUUUGACUGCCAACAAUCAGGAUAAUCUCUUAACUCGUGUAUUUCUGUUUGCAAAGAAAGGCACCAAAUCAAAGGACUAUAUGGUUACUUUGCUCUUGUUAUUUGGAACUAUGUCCCUUUUUAAUUUAAGUAAGAAAUAGUAACUCAAUUUUAUUUUUAUAAUACACAAUUGUAGCAUUUGUGUGAUUUUCCCUGUCCUGAGUAUGAAUUAUCCUGCAUACAGAUACUGAUUCUUAUGUUCUUUUGAAAAACACAACAGGCAUUUAACAAGUCUUUGAGCUGUACAGGCAUCAGAAAUUACUUGGACACCAUGGGAACACUGAUAAAAAGCAGUGUUCAGUUAUAGUAUGUCACAGGCUACUUCGAGCAGCAGUUACAUAUAUUUAUUUUCUGAUGCAGCUCAAGAAGAAAUUGAAGUGCAACCCGUUUCUUCACAGUUAAGUUGCCACAGAAGAACAUGUAUGAAAUUUCAAGCAGGGUACGAUCACAAGUUUGUCAGGGAAAAGUCUCCUCCCUCUUAUGAUAAAACUGAGCCCAUUAUUGAUGAUGUAAUAUCACAUAUUUUGAGACUGAGAGACAAACUUGGAUGGGAGACAUCAUUACCAAGAUGUGGAUUUAUAGCUGACGCAGAUGGUAGAACUGAUAAGCAGAAGAUUAUAUUGCCGAGUGUUUCAUUACAGAAAGAUGAUGGAGAGUAUGUGUACUGUCUUAUAAGAAGCAGGGAUGAUCCUAAAGCAGCCUACGAUCCUUAUGACCUUCAAGUAGUUUCGGCAAAUUUGGCUAGACAAUUUAAAGAAUAUUGGACUAUUACAGCUUCAUAUGUUUCUAAGGUAAUAUAAAUUCUUUUCCAGUUUACCUUGGUGUGUGGAGAAGAAAAAAUGGAAAUAAGGCCAGUAAUAGAGUGGUUAUAUGAAAGACAACUUUAUUAUGCCUUACGUAGUAUUAAGAUAUGUUUUAACUUCAGAAUGGUGAUAUACAAACAACUGUUUUUUGUUGAUGAGAUAUUGCAAAGAUGCUUGCUUUAUAUCCAAGCGUUGUGCGUGGAUGUGAGUAGCCCUAAGAGAAAUAAAUCUUCAGAGGAUCUAGCUAUUCAUUUUUUAAAGGUAGACACUUCCCACACUUACUCUUUGAAUGAAUUUUGUGAGAAACAAUAUCAACAGAGUCAACAAGCACUUUCUCUAGUACAAACUUUUAAAGACAAAGUAAUCAAAGUAAUUCAGAGCUCUUUCUUAAAGGUGGCUGAAAUGAAAGGAGCAGAAAAGCUUUUUCAACAUUUUCCAGAUGAUGUCACAGAAAAUUCAAAACACUUUGAAAAGGCUGAAUGGCGAUAUAUUAUGGAGAGGUUUUCUAGAUUUCUUCAGCUUGUUGAUAGAAUCUUUCAAGAACUACUUCGCAGAUUGGUUCACAAUGCUAUUGAUCAUCUUUUGGAAAUAUUCAAAGGUUCCAGUAUGACGGUUGCUCCAAAAGAGAAGACAAAUGAGAAGCUUAUAAGUUCUCCAGAAUUCUCUACAGGUGUAUAUCUAACUCCCAACAGAAGAGAGUUUUCAGUAGAGUUGCAAGGAAUUUUGGAUGGACUGGAAAAUGCUAUUGAUCAGAUUGUGCCAUUUUCUCAAGACCCUCAACUAUCAAUCUUUGUUGAUCAGUCUUUAAAUAAAGGAAUGCAGUCAUAUGAGACUUACACUGAUUCUGAACCAGAAGAUUAUGUAACAACAUGGCCACAUUGUGAUCUCAUUCUGGGAACAGAUCCAGAUUAUGAAAACAAAGUUCUGAGCCUUCUGUCUCUUCAGAGUUGUUCACUGGGCCAAGUUGAAUGUUACAGCAGAAAUUAUAUGGAAUUUUGCAGUAUGGUAGAUAAAGCAAAAACUACAAGUGAGAAGAUAUCGCUAAAAAGAGAGUUGUCUACAGAUGAGUUCAGAACCAUUUUGGAAAACUAUACAAUUGAUAUCAAGGAGAUUGUGUGCAUGAUAGUUGAAAGACGGAUAUCUAUGUUUCAUGUCAAAAGCUCUAACUAUCAGAUGGAUUGUCUGCCAUAUUUUGAGGUUCUGCUUAAUAAAAUUCAUGUUUCCUUCUAUGCAGCUAUGGAAGCAAAGAAUAUACAUCUUGUAGAAGUCACCAGAACAGCACUUGCAAAGCUGAGCAAAGAACUGACAACAGUGGAUGGAUUUAUUGAGCACCUGCAAUACCUCCAAGAAAUUACCGCAAAUCUACCCAAAAUUAACAUGCAGUAUAAUAGUCUUUCUGAGCUCUACUUUAUUGCCAAAGACUAUGACAUUUUUCUUCCACUUCAGCAACUAGCUCUGUAUCAGACCAUUGUGCGUACACUCCAGAAUCUUCAAUCAACUGUUCUCAUUUGUGAAAAAAUGAAAGAUGAUUAUAUUAUAAAAUUCAGUGAAGGCUUGGGAGAAUAUAUUGACAAUCUGCAGGCAGAAAUGAGGGAAUAUAAGAACAAAGUGAGAAACCCUGUCCUCCUCCUCAGUGAAACAUUGCCUAAAACAGCAAAAGAGAUGAUUGAAAGCCUCAUUGAAGAAGCAGCAGUAAUUAGUGAAAAAAUUAUAAAUUAUUCAAAUUACCAGACUGUUUUUGACAGUUCUGUUAGUGGCAUGAAAUCACUGUCAUUGGAAAAAAUGUCGCAUGCUGAUCAUUCUGGAAAUUCUCAGAAGGUGAAUGCUGAACUUGCUGAAAUUGAAGGCGAACUUGCAUUGCGCAAAUUGUUGUGGGAUUCUCAUGAAGAGUGGACCAAGCUUUUCUAUAGAUGGAAACACACCAUUUUUUGGAAUCUUGAUGUUGAUUUAAUUCAAAAAGAUGUUAACAGGUUCAUUCAGAUCAUAAUAAUUCUUGAAAAAGGUUUGCCAGAAAAUACAAUUUUACCAGCUCUGAAGACUUCAUUGAUGGAUUUUAAGGAAUUCUUGCCUAUCAUUAUAUCUUUACGAAAUCCUUGUCUACAGCCAAGACACUGGGAAAUGAUACAGAACAUUGUUGGACAGUCAUUUUCUGGUGAUAAAAGGAUUACCUUGGAAAAGAUUUUUGAACUUAAUAUGUUUCAGUAUAAAAAUGAAAUUAAUGAAGUCUCUAUAACAGCUACGAAUGAAACAACUCUUGAAAUGAUGCUGAAAAAGAUAAUGGACCUAUGGCACAAAACUGAUUUUCAUUUAUCGCCAUAUCAUACUGAAACAUCAUCUACAUUAAUUAUUUCAUCUGCUGAAGACUUAAUUGCUCUGUUGGAAGAUUCUCAAGUGACAAUUUCAACAAUUAAAGGUUCUUGUUUUGUUGGACCUAUUAAGACUCUUGUAGAUAUUUGGGGUCGUAAGUUAAACCUCUUUUCUUGUACUUUGGAAGAAUGGCUGACGUGUCAGAGGAAUUGGAUUUACCUUGAGCCUAUUUUUCAUGCUCCAGAAAUCAAAAGACAGCUUCCAGGAGAAGCAGGUCUUUUCUCCCAAGUUGAUAAUAAAUGGAAGGAAAUCAUGAAACGUACAGAAGAACGUCCAAAUGCGCUCAGGGCCACUACAGCUCCGGGAGUUCUUGAAAUGAUGCAGAGCAACAAUGCAUGCCUGGAAAAAAUUCAGAAAGCACUUGAGGACCACCUUGAAGUUAAACGUAUGAUUUUUCCAAGAUUUUAUUUUCUCAGCAAUGCAGAACUUCUUGAUAUAUUAGCUGAAAGUAAAAAUCCUGAUGCUGUGCAGCCUCAUCUUGUGAAAUGUUUUGCAAAUAUAAGAAAAAUAUAUAUACGCCCACAAGAACAGAGACCCCCAGUGAUUCUAAUGAUUAGAUCUGCUGAAGGAGAAAUGCUUCUAUUGCCAAAGAGUAUUCGUAUUAGAGGUCCUGCUGAACAGUGGCUAGGAAAUGUUGAGAGUACUAUGUAUGAUAUGGUGCAAAAGUUUAUAGCAGUUGGCAUUGCAGAAUGGGAUCAAAUGGAAUUUAAAGAAUGGUUUUUCACACAUCCAGGACAGGUGGUACUACUAGUGAGUCAAAUCAUGUUUACUCAAGAAUGUGAAGUGUGUUUGCUAAGUUCUAAUCCAAAACAGGAGAUGAUAUCAGGUCGUAAUGAUCUAAUCAACCUUAUAGAGCAACUUGCAGAAAUAGCUUCAGAUGUUCUUCCCUACCACAAAGAAAGCACAUUGGAGGCAUUGGUUACUUUGUUCAUCCACUGUAGAGAGAUAUUAACUACAUUGUUGGAUCAUGACAUUUGUAAUCUUGAAGAUUUUGAAUGGAAAAGGCAGUUGCAUUAUGAAUGGCAUACCACUUACCCAUGUAGGGUUAUUCAAGGUUAUGCCUCCUUUGAAUAUGGUUAUGAAUACCUGGGCUGCUCUCCACGUUUGGUUAUUACCCCUCUCACAGAUCGGUGUUGGUUAACUGUGACUACAGCUCUACAACUGAAUUUAGGAGGUUGUCUUGCUGGUCCAGCUGGUACAGGAAAAACAGAAACUGUUAAAGAUCUAGCAAAAGCAUUAGGGAAACUCUGUCUUUCCUUUAACUGUUCUGAAGGUUUGGAUGAUCAGGUGAUGGUGAAAUUAUUCUGCGGGCUAGUUCAGUCAGGCGCUUGGUGUUGCUUGGAUGAAUUCAACAGGAUUGAUAUAGAAGUACUUUCUGCAGUUGCUUCACAGAUUCAAACAAUCAAGGCAGCUAAAGACAGCUUCACUGUUAGGUUUGUAUUGGAAGGAAAAGAAAUCCGUCUGAAACCAUUUUGUGCAAUCUUUAUUACCUUGAAUCCUGGAUACAAAGGUCGUGUAGAACUCCCAGACAACCUGAAGUCACUAUUUCGUCCUGUGUCUAUGAUGGUACCAGAUUAUGAACUCAUUGCUGAAAUGAUGUUAUUUUCAAAAGGUUUCAAAUCAGCAAAAAUACUUUCAGGGAAGAUAGUAAAUCUUUAUCAUCUUUGUAGCAAGCAGCUAUCACAGCAGGAUCAUUAUGAUUUUGGCAUGAGAGCGAUAAAAACUGUGUUAGUAAGAGCUGGUCAGAAGAGACAAGAAUUAAAAUCCCAGUAAAAAAUGUUUUCUGCAGUGGAGGAAUCUCUCAUUAUAAUCAGUGUGCUGAAAGAAGUUAAUCUACCAAAGUUUCUAGUCGAUGAUGCUUCAUUAUUCGAAGACAUUAUGACAGAUCUCUUCCCAGGGAUGAAAGUUCCAAAAGUAAAUCCAAAACAACUAGAGAGUGCAAUAUCUUUUGCAAUACAGCACUUAUAUUUGCAGUCCUGGGAAAGUCAGAUAGAGAAGGCUAUACAGUUUUACAACCAAAUUAUGACUCGUGUUGGUGUGAUGCUCGUAGGCCCUACAGGUGGAGGAAAGACUACCAUAAGAACAAUUUUAGAGAAGGCUUUAGUAAUCUUACCUUUGAUGGAGAUAGACAGUAGUACAAAAGGCAAAGUAGACACUUUUGUUAUAAACCCAAAAUGUGUAACUCUUGGUGAACUUUUUGGAGAGACAAAUCCCAGCACAAUGGAAUGGUCAGAUGGUCUGCUGUCGUCAGCAGUUAGAAAUGAAAUUAUUACUGAUUGGCAAUGGAUAAUCUUGGAUGGGCCAGUUGAUCCAGUUUGGAUAGAAAAUUUAAAUUCUGUGCUAGAUGAUACCAGAAUGUUAUGUCUUGCUAACAGUGAAAGAAUUUACUUAUCACCAGGAAUUAGAAUGAUAUUUGAGGUGGACAGCCUCUCUCAAGCCAGUCCCGCUACUGUUAGUAGAUGUGCCAUGGUUUAUGUGGACCCCAUUGAUCUAGGAUGGCAGCCAUAUGUCAAGUCAUGGCUGGAAGACUUUUCUGACCUGAUAGCACAAAAUGAUAUUGAAUACCUUGAAAGUUUAUUUCACUCCAGUAUACAAAGAGGGAUAGAAUUUCUAAAUAAAAAUAAGAAAAUGCUAGCUUUCUCUGUACAACAGAUGGGAGUUGUAAUGAAUAUUUGCAGAAUUCUUGGUUCAUUCAUUAACAUAAUUUGGCAAAGUCAAGGAUUACAAUACUGUAAAGAAGGUCCAAAAUGGUUUUGGGAGAAGCAACCUAAUAAACUGAUGGUGUUAUUAGGGAAAUUGUUCAUAUUUGCGUUUACCUGGGCUGUUGGAGGGAUUUUAAGAAGAGAGGAAGAGGAUGAGGGUGAGACUCUAAUUGGUAUAGACACCAGCCAUGAUGAUCUUGCAAAUGUGACACGAGACUUCAAUGACCUUGUUCAUGAGAUAUUUGAAAGUCAACCUCCUGCUAAUAUUCAGAUUCCAUCUGGAGACAAGACUAUUUUUGAUUAUUUUGUGGAUUUGCAAACAGGAGAAUUUGAGCCAUGGGGAAAUUUAGUUCCUAGUACACAGUUGCUUAUUCAAAAAGGGGAUCCAGGGAGUGGGAAGACUACUAUGAUAGAGAAUAUGCUUGGACGACUUCAGAAGCAAGGUGGAUUAAAUAUGAGAAUGGGAACAAUAUUAGGAGAUGUCUUUUAUUAUAGUGAAAGCUUGUUGAAGACUGUAAGCUCCCUCAGAGCAGAUGCAUUUCGUACUCGGAAAACAACGACUACAACUAAAGACUUAGUGAGUCUGACUUCACCAAGAGAAGAACCUGAUCUAGAAAGGCAACCUGUUGAAAGUAUAAGAAGUGCCAUUAUCUCCACACUACAACUGGGAGCCCAUACCAGUGCUGCCCAAACAAAGGCAUGGAUUAUUCAGAAAUUAAUACUAAAAAAUAAAGACAUCUUGGGUGCUCCAAAAUCUAAGCAGGUGCUACUUUUUAUUGAUGAUCUGAAUAUGCCAGUAGCAGAGGAAUAUGGAUCCCAGCCACCACUUGAGCUAAUCCGACAGCUUCUAGAUCUGGGAGGAAUUUAUGACACUCAGCACCUUGAUUGGAAGUAUGUUCAGGAUGUUUCCUUGGUUGCAAGUUGUAUACCUCCCAGUGAAGGAAGUAAUGAGAUUAGUGCCCGUCUUUUGACACAUUUUUGUACAUUCCGUUUGCCUUCAACUUCUUUGCAAUCUUUGCAGCGUAUUUUCCAGGUGCGUCUAGGAGCAUACUUUUUCAACAAAAGAUUCAUGGUUGAAGUUCAGAAAUGCAAGGACUACUUAACAUGUUCCUCUAUUGCUUUGUACUAUAGAAUGUUUAAUAAAAUGCGCCCAACUCCAGCUAAAUGCCAUUAUACUUUUAACCUGAGAGAUCUUUUCAAGCUGCUUCAAGGAUUGCUCCAAGCCCAUCCGUCUGUGAUUGUAUCAAAAGAAACAACGGCAUUGUUUUUUGUGCAUGAAUCAACCCGGGUUUUUCAUGAUCGUCUGAUAGAUUUUGCAGACAAAGAGAUUUUUUACCAGUUUCUUUCAAAUGAGCUCAAUAAUUAUUUUAAAAUUUCAUGGACAAAGGAAAAAAUGAUAGAUGAUUCACCUAUUUUUGUGGAUUUUCUGGAUCCAAAUACACCUGUGGAGAAGAGAAUCUAUAGAAAUGUUACCAGCCAGAAGCGUCUUCUUUUGAUAUUAGAAGAAUCCUACUUGAGAAUGCAGUCUCAAAAGCCUGAGAGUACUGCCAUUGUAUUUUUCAAAGAAGCUGUACAACAUAUAACAAGAGCGGCAAGAAUGUUUCGGCAAGAAGGUGGUCACAUGACAAUUAUUGGUCUGGACGGAAAUGGGAAAGUAACCUGUGCAUCCUUAGCCUGUUGCUUAGCUAACUGCAUCCUCUACAGGUUAUCUAUUACAUGCAAUUACAGCUUUGUAAAUUUUAGAGAAGACCUCAAGACAGUUUAUAAACAAGCAGGUUUGGAAGGCAAGAGGGUAGUUUUUCUCAUCACAGAUUCUGAAAUAAUUCAGGAGGCAUUUUUGGAAGAUCUGAGUUGUAUUUUGAAGUCAGGACAGGUGCCUGACUUAUUUGAAAAGGAUGAGUUGGAUAACAUCAUUACACCACUUACAUCUUCUGCUGAAAAGAGUAAACACUCCAACAAAAUGGAAGAUGUAUAUUCAUUCUUCUUACAGAGGGUACGUAGCAAUCUUCAUGUGGUUUUGACAAUAAGUCCUGCAGGAAUGGUUUUUCGUCAACGUUGCCGGACAUAUCCUGCUAUUAUUAAUUGCUGUACAAUUGACUGGUAUAAAGACUGGCCUGAAGAAGCCCUUUGCCAUGUUGCAAAAAGUUAUUUUCGUUAUAAUGAUGUAUUCGGGAAUGAGAAUUUCAGAAAUGUGCUUGUUGAUGUGUGUGUUUACAUUCAUAAAAAUGUAUCUGUGAUCAUUGAGAAGUAUUUGAAAGAAACUAAAAGACACUACUACGUCACUCCCAAUAGUUACCUGCAAUUCAUAAAAACCUUUUCAACUAUAUUGCAGUCAAUAAAAGAAAAAAUUGUGAAGGACAGAACCUGCUAUUAUUCUGGUCUGACCAAAAUUCUGGAAGCAACCUCACAUAUUACAGACAUGCAAGAGGAAUUGUUUACUCUUGGUCCUCAAAUAGAGAAAAAAUCACAGGAAAUACAGGAACUUGUGGAAAAGCUUCACAAAGAUUCAGGAAUGGUAGAACAAGUUCGAACUAUUGUAAAACAGGAUGAGGAAAACAUGGCUGCAGAAACACGUAUUGUUGAAGAGUAUGCCCAGCAAGCAACAGAAGAGCUCAAUGCUGUAUUGCCUUCCCUGGAUAAAGCCCUUAAUGCUCUUGAUGCGCUUGACAAAGGCCAUAUUGCAGAAAUUAGAGUGUACACUCAUCCUCCCCCACUUGUAUUAACGGUUAUGAAUGCAGUUUGUAUUCUUCUUCAAAAGAAACCUAACUGGUCAUCAGCAAAAUUAUUACUCGCAGACCCUGGAUUCCUUAAGAGGUUGGUUACUCUUGACAAAGAUAAUCUACCAGAAAAGGUGUUUGUGCAGUUAAAACAAUUUGUGAAGUCACCAGACUUCAGCCCAGUAAAAGUGGGACUUGUGUCUGUUGCCUGUUGCUCCAUCUGUCAAUGGAUUUUAGCUUUGGAUCAUUAUCAUAAUGUUCAAAAGUUUGUAGGUCCAAAACAAGCAAAGGUAGCAGAAGCAGAGGAACUACUAAAACGUGCAUAUGAAAAACUGGCUGAAAAACAAAGAAGUUUAGCCUUGAUUGAACAACAUCAGCUAAAUUUAGAAGCAAAGUACGCAGAAGGUAUUGCUGAACAAGAAAGCUUAGCAGCUCGAAAAGAUCAAACAACUUGCCGUUUGUACAGUGCUUCUGUGUUAAGUACGGCUUUGAAAGAUGAGACGGAACGCUGGAAGGAAUCUGUUAAUAACUUUGAUCAAAGACUUCAGGGAAUCAUAGGUGAUGCCCUUGUUUCAGCUGCUUGUAUUGUCUACAGUGGUGUUUUAUCAGCAGGAUAUCGUCAACAGAUAGUGGAUGAGUGUCUCAGACUCUGUCAUGAAAACAGUAUUCCAGUUUCUCCAUAUUACUCACUAAUAAACUGCAUGACAGAAAAAAAUGAGGUCCGUAAGUGGCAAAAUGCUGGUUUGCCACUUGAUCAGUACUCCACAGAAAAUGCUAUAUUUGUUAAGUAUGGACAACGAUGGCCUCUGCUAAUUGAUCCAGAAAGACAAGCUUACAAAUGGAUACGUCAAAUGGCAGGUGGCAAGCUGCAAGAGAUUUCUGCUACAGAUGCCACUUACUUAAGAAAACUUGAGAAUUCUAUGCGUAUUGGUGAAUCAGUCCUGCUGCAGGAUCUUACUGAAACAUUGGAUUCAAGUAUAAAAUCAAUCUUAAAAAAAGAGAUCUUUAAUAAAGGAGGACAAGAUUUCAUCAGAAUCGGCGAUUCCGAAAUUGAAUUCAACAAAAACUUUAGCUUAUGCAUGACAACACGAAAAGCCAACCCCCAUUUUUUGCCAGCAAUAUGUAAUGCUGUCACCAUGAUCAAUUUCACUGUAACAUUCCAAGGUUUGCAAGAUCAGCUUUUGUCUGCUGUCGUAAUUAAGGAAAAACCUGAACUGGAACAAAAACGUUGUGAAUUACUAGAAAGUAUAUCCACGGAUCUAGUGACACUUCGUGAACUUGAACAAAAAUCACUUAGACUUCUGCAAAAAACAGAUGGGCACCUUUUAGAUGAUCAAGACCUCAUUGACAAUUUACAAAGAACGAAAAUUACCUCAACAGAGAUUUUUGAACGUGUUGAAGCAUCAGCAGCAACAGAAGCCACAAUAGAAACACUGCGUAAAGGCUAUCUUCCUAUUGCAAGUCGUGGUGCGGUGCUCUACUUUGUAGUACUGGACCUUUUGCAUAUCAACUAUAUGUAUCAGUUUUCACUGGAGUGGUUUUGUAAGAUCUUUUCAGAUUCCAUAGAUGAUGUAGUCAAACAAAAAAGUGAGGUUUCUCUGAGUUCUUCAGCAAGUUCUAGAAGUCUAAUCCUAAGAAGGCAGAGCAGACUUUUCACCAAAGACUAUGAAGAAAGUGAGACUGACUGUUUAAAAAGACAUGUUAAUGAUAUAACUGAGAAGUUAACAAGUAAUGUUUAUAAGGUCAUGUCAUCAGCUCUGUUCAGUGAAAAUCAGUUGUGCUUUGCUUUUCUACUGUGCACAGCAAUCAUGAAAAAUAAUAGUGAGGAAAAUCAGUUUGAUAACAAUCUUGGAUUUAUACAAGAAAAUGAGUGGAACUUUUUCCUGCACUCUAGCAUGAUGGCAAAUAUUAUGGACACACAAGACACAGGGAAUAUUGGUUCAUACACAUUUACGACAUCUCCUCCACCCCAUUGGAUUACUGAAAUGACAUGGAAAGAAUGUCAGUACAUGAGUACUCACAUGCCAGCAUUCAGCCUAUUAUGUGAUUCCCUCUCAUCAAAUUCUCAGCAAUGGAGAUCUUUUCUGAACAGUCAGAACUUAUAUUACUUGAUUAGUACAUCUUAUAGAUCAGUGCCAUUACAGCAAGAAGUUUCAGACUCCCAGCUGAAAAUACUAAGAGAAGAUCAAGAUAAUGCACCUUUAAUUUUUCCUUGGGAUAAGCUUUCUUCAUUUGAAAGACUUAUCUUGAUAAAAGUCCUUCGAUUAGAAAGCUUAAACUGUGCAGUACGAGCAUUUAUAACUGAGAAAUUGGGAUCCAAAUAUCUUUGGACUGGAGGAAUUGAUUUCAAAACAAUAUAUGAAGAAUCAGAUCCUACAACUCCUCUAAUUCUGAUUCAUGCUCAUGGAGUAGACAUUGCAGCUGUCCUACUGCGCCUUGCCCAGGAAAUAAAAGGAAGCACACAACAUGUGAAAAUGAUAUCUCUGGGACGUGGUCAAGGAAGCAAAGCUGAAGAAUUGAUAUACAAAUCACAGAUACUGGAGGGGCAGUGGACAUUCCUUCAGAAUUGUCAUCUUGCCGCUUCAUUUAUGCCUAGACUCUGCACAAUUGUUGAUUCGUUGAGACAAGCAUAUAGAAAUACAGACCCUAAUUUUAGACUGUGGUUAAGUUCAAUACCAGAUACUUCCUUUCCUACAUACAUCUUGAGAAAUGGCUUGAAGAUGGUUAUAGAGCCUCCCCAAGGACUGAAGGGAACAUUGCUUCAGACAUUUGGAUUGGGUGGUACUGAAUUGGUAACAGAAGCCAUAUUCAAUAAGACUUCCUGUGGGCCAUCAUGGAAAACAUUACUCUUUAGUCUAUGUUUCUUCAAUGCUGUAGUUCAUGAGAGAAAGAAGUAUGGAGCUUUGGGCUGGAAUAUUCCAUAUGAAUUUAGUUCUUCAGAUCUGGAGAUUUCCAUCCACAUACUGGAGCUACUUCUACAAAACCAAAAAGAGAUUCCUUGGGCAGCACUGAAUUAUCUGACUGGAGAAGUGGCAUAUGGGGGUCGUGUAACUGAUCAAUGGGACCGUCGGUGCUUGCUUAGCAUUUUGGACAAUUUUUACAACCCAUCUGUAUUGCAAGAAGAUUUUGCUUAUUCUGCGGACUGGGUGUAUCGACCUAUAUCUGAAAAAGAUACUUUAAAAGACUGCCGAGCCUAUCUACGAUCUCUACCAGAGGCUGAUUCUCCAGAACUCUUUGGAAUGCAUUAUUGUGCUGAAAAAGCAUACUUAAAAUCUCAAGCACAGUUGUUUGUUGAGUCAAUUGUUACUACUCAGCCGGCAAUCAGCACAGACACCAUUAUUAGUGGUGGAAGAAGCCAGGAUGAAAUCAUACUGGAAAUAGCAUCAGACAUUUUAAUUAAAUUACCACUAAUUGUAGAAGAUGUUGGACAGGCACCUGAAAGUGAAGGUGAAACCAAAGAGAAAAUUACAUUCAGAAGCUUCAAGUUGGGUCCAGUUUGGGCUGCAUUUGUGAAAGCUGCAGAAGGUCCUGAUUCUUUUACCAGCUCAACUUUUCUAACUGUCUUGCAACAGGAGAUAGACCAAUAUAAUAAUUUGCUAUCCAUAAUUAUUCAAUCCUUACAUACACUUCAGCAAGGUAUAAGAGGUGAUAUAAUUUUCACCGCGGGACUCGAGGAGCUUUAUAAUUCAAUAUUAAAAGCCAAAGUGCCUGAACAGUGGCAGCAACAUUCCUACGAAUCACACAAACCUCUGGGAUCCUGGAUUGAUGACCUUAUUGUACGAGUGAAUUUCUUUGCCAUGUGGGCUAAUCGUGUUAUCACCUUUAUGAAGUCAAGGUACAAUCAUUUACUGAUACUUCAGAGACAAACAAGAACAGUGCUUCAGACUGGUGAAGAAACUGACUCUGUCAAUGACAACUAUAAGGGACAUCCCAGCUGCUUUUGGCUUCCAGGUUUCUUUUUCCCACAUGGGUUUCUUACUGCUGCCCUUCAGAAUUAUGCUCGACAGAAUGAAAUACCUGUUGAUUCUCUUACUUUUGUCCACAAAGUUCUGCCGCUCAGUCAGGAUGAGGAACAAAAUCUCAGAAGCUUAAAGAGAAAAGAAACCAUUUUAAACAAAGCUUUUAAGGAACCUUCUAUGUGCGAAACUGGAAUUAGAAUUUUUGGCUUAUACAUAGAUGGUGCAUGUUGGAGCCCCAUUACGGAGUCAUUGGAGGAGCUUGAACUUCAUGAGAGAUUUCAUGCACUACCAGACAUCCUUUUUUUACCACAAAAGGUACUUAAGACUCUCAUUUUAACCUCAGAGCAUGAAGCAGUCUUGCUAAUUUAUGAAUGUCCAUUAUACAGAACACCCCAAAGAUCCGGAAUGCUAUCUUCUACUGGUGUGUCAACUAAUUUUAUAACUGCAGUCAAUUUACCAACUCUUAUUGCACCGAGUCAUUGGAUAACAAGAGGAGUUGCAAUGUUGUGCCAACUAGAUGACUGAGAACCACCACUCUUCAGGAUCAUAAAUCCCCUCUGAAAUACUUUGUUUUAACUUAUGUUAUGCGCAACCCAGGUUUUAAGUUUGAUGUUCAAGAAUAAAUAUGAUCUUCUGUGAGUA